AUGCAGCACGCCCAGAUCCCCGAGGCGCACGUCAUGAAGCGGUUGGUCAAACGCCAACGCGCCGACGCGACCACGACACGAGCCCGAGCCGCCGCGACCACCACUCGCCGUCGAGCUACGACCGCCGCCGCAGACACCACUCGCAGCAGGGCCGCCGCUGCUGCCACCACUGGGCCCGCUACGACAUCGGGUGAGUUCUGUUGCUUGACUACUUGGUUGCGCACCUGGAUGAGAUUGGGCUUUCCUUGACUGCGAAACAUGGCUCCGCGUUCGAUGAGGCGACGACGGCCUUCGGUCGGGCCGGGGGGGGGGGGGUGCCUUCCUCGUGAAUCGCAACGGCCCCGCCGCGCCUGAACUCAGCUCGGAGCUCGCAAGCCGCAUCUCCUUCAGCGCGAAUGUCACACACAUUUCGCACACACCCCUGUCUCCGAUUGACUCGAUCGUGAAACAUGUGAUUGUGUGAUUGUUGAUCUUGAUACUGACUCUGUAACCCUUUUCUUGUUUUUUUUAAUUUGCCUUUCCUUGCAGCUCGAGGUGCGUUACAUUUGCUUGGGUUGACAUUCCAUUGCUUGAUAUCCUGCUCCCUUUCUCGAACCGCCUUCGCCGCGUGCCUCGACUCGACGCGGCGCGCGCGUGUUGACUGUUUGCGCGUGAGCGCGCCGAGCCGGGCGGGAGCGACGCGUGCGGGGUCGGGGCCGACCGCUAGCGCAUUCCGCAAUCAUACAGAGCUCCUAAAGCUGACACCGCAUUUGCCUGCCUGUGCACUCCAUCAACACUUUGCAGUUGCCACAACGGGUGCCAAUGCUGCUUCAUCGGUGAGCAGCGAGAUAUGACGACUGGCCCCAUGCCCUCCGGCGAUGACCACUAUUUUGACUCGCUCUGGCCAAAUUCGCAGCGCUCCGCCGCAGCUGUGGUCACGACCCGAUCCGUCGCCGCAUCCAACGCAACCAAGGCAGCCGGUACCUCAUUGGGGUCGACCUCGACCGCAUCGAGUGACGCUGCUGCAACCACGUCGGCAGUCGCGAGCACCGGCACCAUGUCGCACGUCGGCCUCAUUGUGGGCGUCGCCGUCGCCGGUAUCGCCGCGCUCGCCGUCGUCUUUGGUCUCAUCUUUUUCUACCGCCGCCGAAGGAACAACCGCAACAACGCCGGCGCUUCGGCCUUCUCGAAUGACAACAACCACGGUUUCAAGAAGCACGUCAAUGAUGACAACGAGCUCUUUGGCAACUCGGCCGAAUCGGCAGAGAAGAACGGCUUUGCCGCUGGUUUCGGUGCGCCGAAGAACAACUCCAAACUCCACGACGACGGUCGAGGAUCGUGGGAUGCCCCGUCCUACUCGUCGCACGGCAACAGCAAUCCCAACAGUAACGGCUACAACGCGCAUCUGCAGCAACACCAGCAAUCGACGACCAUGGGCCACCAGGCGCCCUCGACAAUGAACCUGCUUGACGACUACAAGCGAGUCGAACAACGCGAAAUGCAGCAACACCUCGAGAUGCAGCAAAAGCAACCGGAACACGCCUUUGCCGUCUCCCCCCAGGUCGCCGCCGCCGCUGCCGCUGCCAAGCCCUCCGCGAACCCCUUCGGUGGCGAGCAACAGGGUCAAGGCGCGGUUCACAUCGUCAAGCGUACUUUCGAGCCCACGUUGAGCGACGAGCUCGUCCUUUUGGUGAGUGGCAUCUCUUCUUCAAUCGCUGGGUAAUCUGAAGUUAAGCCUCAGUCGACUGAUCCUGGUGCAUUCGCUGUCUCUUCCGCAGCCCGGUGACAGUGUUCAGCUCUUGGUCCGAUACGAUGAUGGAUGGGCAUUGGGCAUCAACUUGGAUGCCAAGGGCCCGCCCGGCAAAGGUGUCUUCCCCUUCGACUGCCUCGGCGAGGUCACUUCCGCCCCCUCGCAAAGCGGUCCCCAACAGCUCCACACGAUCGUCGAAGGCUCCCCCGAGACAUCGUUCGCCGACAAUAGCAACCACAACAACAACAACAGCAACAACGACAACCAACACGAAUCGCAGACAGAUCUUUCGUACGGUGCCGCUGCUCCCUCGAACGCCUCGUCCAAACUUGCUGCGUCUGCGCCCCAGUUGCCCAACCUCGCGCGGUCCGAUUCCCCCUUGACAUUCCCUUCCUCGCAAGGCCCGUCGACAAAUCAGGUCCCUUUGAUCCAGAUCUCGGAUGCGCAAAACGGGACGAUGUCGUCCUUCCUCGACACAACACCAACCGAGAGGCGCAUGUCGACCAGCUCGUUGCCGACAAGCCUCCAACCCGGUGGGCAAUCCCCCGAAGCCGACCGAGAGGACGGCAGCAACCGAAGCGGCGACAAGGGGCGAAGAACGAGCUCAUUGGUCGCCAGCCGCGACGCCGACUUGUUCCUCGCGCUCGGCGAGGUCUUGGACCGAACGCAUUGA